AUGGAGGAAGUCAUCGAGAUUAGCAGCGAUGAUGAGGGCUCGGUCCAAGUCGAGGACACCAGCAGCGACAGCACCGAGUCGUUCUCCCGGGAAGAGGCGCAGAGGCGACAAAGGGACCCGAGGCUCGGUAGAGAAUAUUACCGCCGCCAAGAGGAGCGGGCGCCACCCCGGCGCGUGCACACGGCCCUCCGCUCGACGAUGAACGUGGCAAGCCGGAUGGACGGCCUAAUACAGUUUAUACAGGCCAGGUACACAACAGUGUACAUCCAGGUGCCCAGGGGAGGAACAACGCCACCACUCGUGGAGGAGCCGCCGUCUCCUCCCCGCCCACCGGGCAGCCCGGAGUCGUAUGUACAGAGAUGUGCGGACGACACAGCCUCGUCGGGAUGGGCGACUCUGACACCAUGGACGGCGAGUGAGGAGGAAGAAAUCCCGGCCGGAGAGAUCGACGAUGGAUCCCCGUCGCGGGGGCGGGACGGCGGCAGGGAGCGUAGUCCCUCCGUCAAUAACCCCGCCCCGGAGACCGCGGCGCGAGAUGGAUUGGAAGAGGAACACUUGGACGUGUCGGGGAGGCGCGAUGGAACAGUUCGGGUCGAAGACGCGAGCUCCGAGGAGGAUGGCACCACAAACCCCAUUCCCCGACGCCGAGCUAGCGUCGACGCCGAGGAGGAGCGACAGCCGGAAUCCGUCAGGAUUACGCUACGAUAUACGCCGGGCACGGUCGAAAACCGACGUCUAUCGCGUGCGUCUCAGUCCAGCACAGAGCGCCCGACGGGUCGCGGACAAGCAGCCGAGCGUAGGCGUCGCCGGCGACGACGACGAGGACGACCGGUGUCCGAACGCGAAUCGGAUUCCCGCACCCCCGCCAGUCAAGGGAAAACGACAGACGGUGCCGAAGGUCCGUCCACGCAUCGGCAGCGCCGGGAGAGGAGUACGUCCACGAGCGGCCGAGGGCGCAGCGAGCGCCGAGAUGAGUCGACGGAGACUCGUUCGAGCGAGGAAAGGCGCCUGUUGGCAGACAUGGCCGAGUUGCUAGACGGGAGGGAGGUAAAUCUCGAGGAGGUACUCGGCGAGGAGGACGCGGAGUCGAGGAGAAUGUUGCCGUCAAUCCCUAUCGGCUGGAGAGUACACCCUGCCGGUACCGAGCUGAGUGCGGAGGUGAUCCAGCUGCUGAGGCGGGAGACGCGAGGACGGCGGCACAGGAGGACCCGCUUCCGGGUCGCGGCGGGGGAACAGGCCUAUACGGUGACUGUUAAUUCAUCGGGGGCGUGGUAA